GGAUCGGUAUUUAGUGUCGGCUCGUGUUCUCGUGUUCUCUACCUUUUGUGUUGACUUUCCUUGUGCGCGUUAACGCCACCGCGUUGCAUUCCGCAAACGAGCCAUGUGCAAUGACCGGAGCCGUUAAAGAAAUAAGUAGGUGCGAUCGUUGAAGUUCCCUGGCACAACACAACCAUGGUGGUGGCUGCAAGUUGGUGGCGGAUGACGAGCGCGAGCGGGUAGUUGACUUCAUCACUUUUGGGAGGAUGGCUGCGUGCGGAUAGCGGCGCCGUUAUUACCCGCCCCCCCCACCGGACGUGCGGCGUGAGCUUAGAUGGAAAGUUGAAAGUGGAGCUGCGGGAGAAACGGGUGUCUCCGCCCAGAGGGACGAGGAGAGGAUGAGGAGCGUGACGACGCGGUCCCCGCGGGCGUCCGAGUAGCCGCGGCGCAACCGGCAACCGGUUGAUUGCGUUAGUCCCCCCGUAAAGACGCGAGUUAGAUGCGCUCAAAGCGGGGAGGGGAACAAUGGGAGUAGCGGCAUUUGGGCUGUAGCGUCGAGGCUCCGCCGGCGCUUGCGACCGCCCUCACCAGUCCUCCCAGUCAGGUGAAAACCCUCCCCAGUCUGCACAUUGUUUCUGUCUGUUUGCGGAGACAUGACUCGGGUCUGCGCGGAUUUUGAGCGGCUCCCGACACGUUGCGCCGUUUCCCUCUGAAGUUUCUUGUUGGACACUGUUCUACUUUGCUGCUGGAAGGCAGAGCAGCCCUGCUCCGCCUGCGACGCAGUGACAGACGGACGGAUCGACUGCCCCGUGGAGCGUUUUGCUCUUCAUGGAUGCCCGGGUGGCCCUGCUGCACCUAUGGACAGCCGUUGUCCUCCUGGCAGCUGAGCGGAUUGAUGCAGAGGUCUACACCAACACGUGGGCUGUCCAGAUCAACGGGGGGCCGGAGGAGGCAAAUCGCAUCGCCGGGGAACACGGCUUCGUCAACCUCGGCAAUGUUUUUGGAGAUUAUUAUCACUUCAGGCAUCACGCUGUGGAGAAAAGAGCUUUGUCUGGCCACCAGGGGAUGCACAUCAGACUGCAACAAGAACCACAGGUUCACUACUCCUUGUUUGGAUCUCAUAAAGUUUUAUGAUAUCGAGGCGCGGCAGCAAUGUUGGUUUGCUCGUCCAAGAUUUAUAGUGCUGUACCUCUCCAUCUGCAGGAAAGCACUGCACAGACAUUUACUGGUUGUGUCUCCCGACUUCAAAGUCAUGUGGACGGAGCAGCAAGUAGUGAGGAAAAGGACGAGGAGGGACGUCUUCGAAGACCCAACAGACCCAGAUUUCCCUAAGCAGUGGUACCUGUCCGCCCCGACGCAUCAAGACCUGAACACCAAAGUCGCCUGGGCCCAAGGCUACACAGGGAAAGGCGUGGUAGUCACCAUCCUGGACGACGGCAUUGAGAAGGACCACCCCGACCUCGUCAGCAACUAUGAUCCUGAGGCCAGCUACGAUGUCAACGACGGGGACAGCGACCCCCAGCCACGAUACACGCAGCGGAAUGAGAACAGACACGGAACCCGCUGUGCAGGAGAGGUCGCGGCGGCAGCCAACAACGGCGUGUGCGGCAUAGGUGUGGCCUUUAAUGCCAGAAUUGGAGGAGUGCGCAUGUUGGACGGGGAGGUGACAGACGUGGUGGAGGCCCACUCGCUUAGCCUCAACCCGCAGCACGUCCACAUAUACAGCGCCAGCUGGGGGCCCGAGGACGACGGCAAAUCGCUGGACGGCCCGGCCAAGCUGGCGAAGGAGGCCUUUCUGCAGGGAAUCACCAAGGGACGCGGCGGCCUGGGAUCCAUCUUCGUGUGGGCCUCGGGGAACGGGGGUCGGGAGCAGGACAACUGCAACUGCGACGGCUACACCAACAGCAUCUACACCCUGUCCAUCAGCAGCACCACGCAGUCGGGCAGCGUGCCGUGGUACAGCGAGCCCUGCUCCUCCACCCUCGCCACCACCUUCAGCUCCGGAAACCCUGGGGACAAGCAGAUAGUGACCACCGACCUGAGGCAGAAAUGCACCGACUCUCACACGGGGACGUCGGCCUCGGCCCCGCUGGCUGCUGGGAUCAUCGCGUUGGCCCUCGAGGCCAACAUGAACCUGACCUGGAGGGACAUGCAGCAUCUGGCGGUGAGGACCGCCCGGCCCGGACGGCUCAGCGCCGGUGACUGGAGGACCAACGGGGUGGGACGCAGAGUGAGUCAUUCGUACGGCUACGGGCUCCUGGAUGCCGGCGCGAUGGUGGCUUUGGCACAAAACUGGACGGCGGUGGGGCCACAGCACCAGUGUGCUCACACCAUGCUGGCAGAGGCUCGAGACAUCGGGAACAAGCUGGUGUUCAGCAAGAGCGUGGACGCCUGCUGGGGACGACCGGAGUACGUCAGCGCCCUGGAACACGUUCAGGCUCGGCUCACUCUCUCCUACAGCCAGAGAGGGAAAUUGGCCAUUCAUCUCAUCAGCCCACUGGGCACGCGCUCCACCCUGCUGUUCCCCAGGCCCAAUGACUUUUCCUCUGAGGGAUUUAACGACUGGGCUUUCAUGACGACCCAUUCGUGGGACGAAGACCCUCAAGGAGAGUGGACCGUGGAAAUAGAAAACGUGGCUCCUAAUGGGCGGGAUUAUGGUGUGUUGAGUCAGUUCACCCUCAUCUUGUGGGGCACCGGACCCAGCGCCAUCAACCCCUCGUCCUCUGACUUCCCUCGACCGUCCAACAACAGCUGCAAGACCUUCGAUGCGCAGCAGAUCUGCAUCGAGUGCAGCCCCGGCUUCUCCCUCUUCCUUCAGGGCUGUGUGAAGUUGUGUCCCCCGGGCUUCACCUCCGGGCCACAGCUCCUUAACCUCUCCCUGGAGAACUGGGUGGACCUGUCCUCCAUCCAAGCCUGUCUGUCCUGCCACGCUGCCUGCCUCACCUGCUCCGGCACCGGGCCCACGGACUGCCUGUCCUGCCCGCCUCACAGCCACCUGGUCCUCACCUCCUGUCUGCACCAAAACCAGGUCCAGAGAAAGUCCCCGCUCGCUGGGACGCUCCAUGGCAGCCGGGCCCAGCAGCCGGGGGGGGUCCCAGCAGCGGCCGACAGCGGGGGAGAGGGACCCCUGGGAGUCGGAGCGGCUCCAUCCACUCAGCUGCCGGCCAUCGUGGCGGUGCUCAGCUGUGCCCUCAUCCUGGCCUCCUUCGCCGGCGUCUUCCUCCUGCUGCAGAUGCGCUCCGGCGGCGCCGCUUUAGGCUGGAGGACCAAGCUCCCCUCCGUGUACUCGGAGAUGAGGGGCGUGCGGGUGGGCUUCGGCUUUGGCUUCGGCCAAGGACGGGAGCGGAAGGCGCGGAUAUGCUACAAGGGGAUCCCCACCGUGUGGGGGGACGAGGACGUGAUCGCCUACGAGUCUGAAUCAGACAGCGAGGAGGUGGACGGUCACAGCGAGAGGACAGCGUUCAUCAAGACUCAGAGCUCGAUCUAGUUGAACUGGCAUCGACUGCAGUAAUGCCGUCAGACCCGAGUGUGUGAAGGAGAGUCACACAGGCCUUAAUGUCCCAUGAGCACGCAUCCAAAUGCAUUCAAGAGUUAACCAUUUGCUGUCUGUGUAUUUAUUUACCUUUAUUAAUUUAUCUUACAUUAAUAUUUUGAUGUUGUAUGUUACAUCAUUUGUCUAUUUUGUCACACAUUUGAAGUGUUAGGUUUUUUUUUAAGUCUACCUUUUAAUGAGCAGCUUCCCCAAACUUGGAGCUGCUUAAGCCAGUUAACCUUCAGUUUAGUGUUGACACAAAGAAAAAAAGACACUGCAGCACUGAGACUACCUGACUUGUAGUCAGUAUGAGUGGUAUGGCUUCAGCCAAAAAAAAUCCCUUUCAUUCUCUAUACGUCUCGCUCGUUCCCAGCAGCGCAGGUUGUCUAAUAAUUUGGCUUUGUUCCGUUUCUUCCCCCCCCAUUCCUGGCAGAUCGUGCGCCAGAGGUCACGAAGUUGUUCAUUAAUAGUAAGAAAACUGUAAAUUGAAGCGCUCUGCGGCGCGCUGGGACAGCAUGAUAAAACAUCCUUCAGGCUGUUUGAUAAUCAGGAAGCUGUGGAAGAGGCUCCGUUUCCAAUCAAGCCACAGUGGGAAUUGGCUCUGCAGCACAGGCAAAGCGGAUACAUCAGUCACAAAAAUCCCAUUGACUCGUAGCGGAGCAACGAGUAAAAUAAAAAACACUUAGCCCAAAGCUGCUUGGUUGACCUUUACAACAGGUCCCUCCAUGGUUGCUGCUGGUAGGGAAGAAGAUCAUUUUCUCUUCAUCUUCUCCACAGAGCAUCUAUUGAUUUUUUUGGGGGGGGGGUUCGCUCCCUCUCCACUGUGAGCACCACACUUGGAAAAACAAAUACACACUUUGUUUGCCAUCUAUACCAGUGUGGACUGUGCACGGUCACAGGAAUGUAUGGAGGGAGAUCUUGUAUUGCAUUGUUUUAUAUCCUUUUUUAUUUAACCUGACAGUGGACGCUGGCGUGGAGAUCAGCUUUGUGCUGAAAUAAAAUGGGUUUUGGCUGUUGCAUUAA